AAAAAAAAAGUUCGUGAUAAAACCGAAGAAAAAACGACCAACCCACGCGAACGACCUUGCCGUAUAACUCGUCCACGAAUAAGGACCGAAUUCUUGCCUUAUCUCUCGGAUCGAUCUCCUCUUCUUCUUCUUCUCGGUCGUCGUCGCGUCCUCUCUUCAUCGUCUGGCUUUUUCUUCACGCCCGACUGGUUCUCCGUCCGCCGGAUAAAAACAAAAAAGGCACCAACAACCGGUCAAAAAGCCGGUCGGGCGCGCGCCACUCUCGCCCCUAACGCAUCCGGCCCGAAGGACCAAAAUUCGCGGAGCCGGGGUGGAAUCUAAUUACGCUUACCUGGGCCGCGGCCGUUCUUCUACCUGUUCGCAUCUUCGGUCUUAUGAAUGAAAGCACGAUUUACUACAUUUCGAUCGUUUUGAAUGGUACCGCGGCGCCUCGCGUGUUGUAACUAAGUGCGGGGAAGAGUCGUGAAUGUGACGAUUUUCGGGGUUUUUGGUCGGGAUGGAGCUCCCGAACUUCCUGCAGGACAUACUGAGGAUGUCGUAUCUGAUGGGCGCUCAGGAGGCAUAUGGCAUCCACAGGAAGGAGCGGAACGCUUUCUGGCAGCCGUGGAUUGAUAAAGACGAUUUCCCGAAGGACUGCUCGGGCAAGCACCUGUCCACCACGAAAUGGAGGAGAGAGAGGCGGAGCCGUCUCCCGGAGUACUCCAGGACGGAGGGUAGGAACGCCGAAGGCACCAACCUGACGUCACCGCCCGAGAACCCCUGCUCGACCAACGGCACCGGCGCGAACGGGUUCCAAUCGCGGGUGCAGCCGAAGGAGACGCCGCUGGACAUGAGCGUCCGGCAGAGGGGGUUGCCGCCCUCUUACGCGCAGACCGUCAACAACCCGGGGUACAGGUCGAGCUACAGGCCCGCCACCCUGAGCAACGGGCCCCCGCCGCCACCCCCAAAGGAAGAAAUUCCUGCAGGUAUAUCGAUGUGCGAUCCGAUCAUAGACGAGCAUUUCAGACGGUCGCUGGGGGAGAACUACCAAACGCUCUACUUGAACAACAAUUCCAAAGAUUCCACGUUAGCGAAAACCCCCCAACCGGCGAAUGCGACCGUUCAACCGAUCGUUCCCAACCACAACCACCACCCCCACCACGACAUUGGAGACCUGAUGGACGACACCGGUCUGUCGGUCGACGAUCAUUUCGCCAAGGCGCUCGGCGAGACCUGGCUGAAGUUGAACAAGAAACAGCAGGAGAUCAAGGGCGGUUCCGGCGACAACCUGGUCAGCAUCUGAGGGGCCGUCGUCGUUCGCGAUAUCUAUACCGUUUCCUAGUAGGUUUAAAUUGAAUUUUGAUAUGUAUACCGUUAACAGAUAGUUUGAAAUUGAUGUGUAGAUGAAGUCAACGAAAAAACCAAGAAUUGACCCGAGGGGUUUCGGUCUGAGUUGCCAGAAUUGAAACGAGGUCCACCCUGUAUACCGACUAUUCAGAUUCAGAAAAGUUGUGGUCCAAACGGCCUCCACCCUUGGAAGGAUUGACAAAAAUUGGUCCAAACGACCAUCGCCCGCCCCGUUGCUAUGUUAUUUGAAUGCGUCGCUAAGGAUUUUCGCAUGAUUUUUCGAUUGGUCGGAACCUAAGCGCUUUCUAUUGAAAUUUUCAAUCAAAUGUCAAUGUUUUGACCUUUUAAGCAUUUUUUCUGCUACUUCUCGGACGGUUUAAGGGGUUGAAGUGCCAACUGGAGAUAAUUAUGUCCUUCGUGAUUUGACAUAGGUGGUCCGUGACAAAAAAUCCCAAAAUUCGCGACAGUUUUGGACGGGCAACUUGGGAGUCUCCUUAGGUGAGUGCUUUUACUCGGAAAUGAAAUGUUGAAAGUCCUCCCGAAUCUUAAAUGAAUUAUUUAAAGAUUUCUCUCGAAUUAGUUUGGUAGUGCCUUACAUGGUUUCACGCGUUCGCGUGAAAUGUAGAACUGAAGUUCUUCUUUGUUCGUAGCAUCAGGGAUUUUCUUCAUUUUUCGUUUUACCUCAUUGUUGGCUAGUUUUAUCGUUGGUUUGUUCUUGAUCGGGGCAUAUCAGAAGUUGGAAUUUCCAUCGGAAUUGGAUUUCCGAAGAUACGUAUUGUCUAUCAGAUAUUUCAUUUUUUGUUUCUGUAAGGGGAGUCUUAAAUACGUAUUAUACAUUAUUCAUUCCUAUACUUUUUCAUUUCCUCUUGUUUAUUUGAGACGUGAUUGUUUUAAUUUUUGUAAAUAACAAAACACCAUCAGGUAAUCCUCAAUAAAUGUAGAUGUAUAUAAUUUUUAAUUGUAUAUAAUGUUAUGAUUACUCUUAUUAAUUUUUAUUUAUGUGGCUAGUUCUAUCUUUUAUGUUUAUGUAAAUAAGUGACCAAUGUUAUUUUAUUAUUAUGUAUAUUCCUUUGCGAUAUACGUAACUCACUUA